CCACUCUACAGUUUGAAUUUUGACAGAACCGUGGGAUGGGCUCCCCUAGUUCCAAGUUUCCAACUGACCCGGAUCUAAUCAAACUGUUAUUGUUGCUGUAGCUCCGUCGGCGUUUGUAUGAUCAAAAUCGCGAAACCCACAAAAGGAAUUUGACAACAUGAAGGGUAUCCUAGUUUAUGACCAAAAGAUGGGUUUAAACAAGGGCUUCACUUUUUCCCUUGCUUUUGGGGCGUAUACCGAAGGUGGGGUGGUGGCGUUUUCUUUGCUGGUAGGUAGGAACGUCAGGACACUGUGGGAUGCCGAUGACGAGCUCUAUCUGUCAUGAUCGGCGGAUUGGGAAGUAGAGGCUAAUUACGACCCUGACUUUUUCCGAUGUGGAAAGUAAACUGGAAUUUCCUCAGUUGUUCGGUCACGAUCCUGUGCGCGAUCUUUCCCUCUGUCUCUAGAAUCAUAGACUAGAGCAGUCGGACUAGAUCGCUCAUCACCACAUCAUUGUAGUCAUGAAGAGGGAUGGUGGUUACUCCGUACCCGGGGACUAUGUCCAUUUCAAGUCCCAGGUGCCCCUCCACAAGAUCUCUAUCGGUGCAAACCAGUGGCGAUAUUAUGAUUAUGGUCCUAAGCUGGUGCCUCCACUUAUCUGUCUUCCUGGCACUGCAGGAACAGCGGAUGUCUAUUAUAAACAAAUCAUGUCCUUGUCAUCAAAGGGUUAUCGAGUAAUUUCUGUUGAUAUUCCCUGUGUAUGGAGCCAUCAAGAAUGGGUCCAUUCCUUUGAGAAGUUCUUGGAUGCUGUUGACAUUCAUCACGUUCAUCUUUAUGGUACAUCACUUGGGGGGUUCCUUGCACAACUUUUUGCUCAACAUCGUCCUAGGCGUGUCAGAUCUUUGGUGCUCUCAAAUGCAUUUUUAGAGACACGCUGUUUUGCUGCUGCAAUGCGUUGGUCGUCUCUGGUUAAUUGGACACCAUCCUUUCUGCUGAAGAGGCAUAUUUUGAUGGGGAUUCAUGAUGGUCCACACGAACCUUUCAUUGCUGAUUCUGUGGAUUUUGUUGUCAGCCAGCUUGAGACACUAUCAAGAGAGGACUUGGCUUCAAGGUUGACUUUGAACACAGCUGCAGCAUCGGUUGGAAGAUUGCAGCUAUCAGAUUCUUGUAUCACAAUAAUGGAUACCAACGAUUAUUGUGCUAUUCCUCAACCAUUGAAGGAUCAGGUUGGUGAUCGUUAUCCUGGUGCGCGUCGUGCAUUUCUGAAGACUGGAGGCGAUUUUCCUUUUCUUUCACGACCUGAUGAAGUUAACCUACACCUUCAGCUACAUCUAAGGCAUGCUGGAUUGGAAGCACGGCCUGAUUUAGUUCUUGGAGCUUCACGGGAUGGCAACGCUGGAAGUCCAACCGAGGAGAGGAGACAAGGUGAGCCUUCAGAUGGCACUACAAGCAGCGGCAGAGGUUCAAGCACCAAUGCACAAGAUACAGCUCCUCCAUCAGGUACUGAAACUCAUGUGGUUGAUGGGCAACUACUAAACACUGCUAGAGUGCUCUUAGCAGCAAAGGAUUCAACAGAUCUGCUCUCCCUUUUACUUGUUUUCAUGGAAAGGGCACUUCUCAUUGCUGCAUCAGAAUUGCUUUUUCGUCCACCUCAGGUGCAACAGGUAUUUUGCUGAGAGCAGCAUCAAACUGGGAGGAGUAAUUUUAGUGACUUCCUUGGUUAUUGUGCAUCAGAUUUGGUCUGAUAACCUGCAUUUAUCUGGACAAAGGCAUAAUUUCAGUAUGUUGAUGGCUGACAAACCGUCGUCAAUCACAUAAAGGACCUGGUUUUCCACUUAAGCAUUUUCCAUUUUUGGAUGAGCAGAAACUCUCAGUCACCUAAGAAAUGUCAAGCAUAUUAAAAGAACGUACUGGAUGGUCUGUUAUAGAGCACCAGAAUGUCAAGUAUAAAUUUGAUGAAGGUACUGCAUGCCUGGUAUUUUGCAAGAAUAUCUUGUCUCGUCACUUCAUCCUCAACAAUACAGCUUAGAUAUACACGCUUACAGUGUGUGCAGAGCUGAGUUGCAGGUCUCAUUGACGGCCCUUAUAUCAUGCAUGUAUGAACAUAGUCAUGUAAUUAGCCAAUUCGAUCCCUAUACCAUAACCUACCCAUCAACUGUAGACCACAGCAUAGUGCAAUUCUUUUUCCACAUCGCAUGCCUGUAGUUUCCAAUGAACCUUGGGGGUACCAUUUCU